AUGUAUUAACAAUCGUUAGUAUCUACAAUAAAACCACUUACUUAAACAAACCUAAAUAUUUAAUCAUAAUAUAAAUUUAUAGAACCCAUAUAAGAUCCUGUUCUAUAAGUUGUAGUGGAGAGAAAUACUAUACACAAUUAAUUUUAAUUAGACUUGGAGCUCCGUUUAUGCUACCUGAAACUACUAAAAAUAAUUAAUUUAGUUUGUUAAAUUGAACGAUGCAAUGAUGUAUUUGUUAACAGGAAAUGUUUUGCGAUUAAUUCGAUUUAUUUUUUUAUUAUUUUUUUAUUAUAAUGUUCAUUCAAUAUUGACUGCCGACGCGACUAUAUAUCUCAUGAGGUCGGCACUCGUGUUGUAAUUGCAAAGAUGGCCGAGCAUCACAUGCCAAGUUGUUAGACUUUAACAAAACAUACAGAUUGUGUAUCCAUUGAUUCUAAGUCCUUAUCUUAUAUUAGGUUUAUGGAAUGUUAAUUUCCCCCAAAUUUAUCAGCAUUUUUAAACAUCUACACAAAAGUCUCAUUGCAACCGAUGUUACGUUAUUUUUAGGUUGAAUAGUUAUUGAUUAAGUUAAAUAGAGGUAUUAAUAAAGUUUGA